CCAUUAAUUAUUUGAAUUUGCACGUUUGGGAAAUAUUUCAUGAAUCACUCGAAAUUUCUUCGCUGUCAGGAUCUCUCGCGACGUACAUAACGCUACGCGUAAAAUGGUAUUUACUCGCUACAUAAGUAUUUUUGAAUUAAAAUGUAGUAUUUCGUUGAUCCUCGUGAAAUUAUUCAACUUGCAUUAUUCACGUAAAGACAAUUUCCAGUUCUAGAGGCGAUAAAGAAAGUUUCCUGCCUUAUCGCUGGAUCGCACCUUGCGCGCGAAUCUCCGCUCUCGCAGCAUGUGCCAUAUAGAUUUGUUGAAUUGGAUAGAAGCUAGCAGCAGCCAACACUGCGAAUCGAUCGCCCCAAAAAUCCAGAUGUCUCCACGACUCGCGUUAACGGUCUUGUCGUCUGCUUACACGCUAUUUAAUAACACUGUAUGUCUGCAUGGCCUGCUCCGAUAUUGCCUCGUAUAAGUGAAAACAUCAUGCCGUGUUGAUUACCUAAUUAUCUAUACCCCCAGCAUGUGGUCUCAGCACAGUGCUUGCCCGUAAAAAAUGCCAGGCUAUUUUUAAAUUAAUUACUUGCACAGAGCUGCAUCAAAAAUGUUAUCUCAUUCAUGUUAUCCAAAUUAGAAGUCAUUAGCUGCUGUUGCAGAUUAUUCCAUCAGUAUGCUCUUGACUGUAUUUUAUAUGCUUGCCACAUGGAUACAAUCGUGGAGACUUUCCUCUCUAAGAGGACGUCUUCAGGCAAUACUGCUAGAAUCAGAGGCUGCAAGGCCUUCUGUUAUGCUCUACACAGCCUCCCAACUUAGUAUCAAAGAUGAAUCAAAUAACGGUGCUUGCUGCAGUAAAUCGUUAAAUGGAAAUGGCAAUGGCAAUGGUAAAGGUAAACAUGAUCUGCUGAGCUCUCAUUUAUGCAGCAAUAGCAAUAUAGCUAAAUUAGGUGAUCUUUUGUGGUAUCAAGGAGAUAAACGACUCUGUACAAUAUAUCCUCAACAAAAAAUUGAUGUUUCAAGUUGGCUGCUGUAUCCAUAUGGGAGAACUAUUUUUCCCCUUUUCACUCACAACAAUUCUCAGACAUCUUUAUUACAAGAUACAAAAUUGCACGUAUUGAUAGAAGCUGAUUUGAAAAAAUUCAUUCCUCUUGCUUUUACCAAAGCCACUAAGCUUGAAGAUUAUGGUACAAUUGUUGCAUGGACUUCCGAUGACAUUUUUGCUGUAAUACUUGAAACAGAUUUAGAACACAUCACUAAAUUCUCUACUACUCUUAUGCAGGGACAGUGCUUCAUUAAUAAUGGAUUACCUGUGACUCGUAUCGAAUCUGUUUCAGUUAGUGGAAAACCUUGUGUGUGUAACUAUGAAAGAUUCAACUUUUCUGAAAGUAGAAAAUUGACUGGUAGUUCUCAGUGGAAUAGUUAUAUCAAAAAAUUAAGGCUUGUUAGCAGUGCUGCAAGAAUUGUAUCGGAACACAAUGAAUCUGUUGAAUUGAAAGAAAUUCCUGGUCUCAUUGUUUCACCUGGGUGCAAACCAAUUUCCUUACAACUACCUACUAUUUUAAAAAUAACAGAUCCUAAAGACAAAGCAGCUGUGAAUGAUUCAUCUGUUCCCUGCACUCCUCCACCCACUCCAGCUUCUGCAACAAAUACAGGGAAUGGAAACUCAUCUAAUCAAGCUUUGAAAAGUUCCAUCGAUCUACAUCCAUCACUGACUGAUUUAUCUAUAGGUUCCAUGUCAAAUUUGAGUACAUCUAGAUCUCAAGACUUUAUUCUUGAAGAAAGUUCACUAGAAAAUCUGAACGAAACAACGCCUUUGAGAAAUAUAAAAAAUUUAAAGAAAUACCAGAGCAGAGAUACCAGAGUAUCCAGCAUGGCAUCAUCUAGAUCUUCUUUAGCUAGUACAGUAAAUUUUUCGCCCUCAAGGAAAAUUGAUGGGAUUACUAAACCACCGAAUAUUCUAAUAUUUGCCGACAGCGCCAAUGCUAACGAUAACGUCCGGGGUGUUCUUGAAACUAUUCUGAAAGAAAACAAAUAUGUAAUUUACGCGUUAACGGUAGACGAAGCGAAAGAUGAUAAGUGGAUGGAUCAAGCAAAUCUUGUGAUAGUCUGUGGUAACGUCGGUGCGGACGUAGGCGCUCAGCUCGUCGAAUACAUAGUUCGUGGAGGCAAACUAUUAGCCCUUUGCUCCGAUAUUCUGAAGACUUUGCUGCCCGCCUUCAAGACGGCUGAGGUUCGCGAAAACGAGCUCGUGCGCUUUUCUUACGGCAAGUGGCAGCACGUCAGGAUGAUGCACCACGUAUUUUGCUAUCAGGCUUCACCUGUGAAGACCAAAUUCUCACACGAUCAAGAAGAUUCAGGAAGAUCGGCGACGCCACCGACGCCGAUUUCGACGACGAUAGUCGAUCGUCAAGGCAAGUCGCACACUUUCGGCGUGAGGGUGUUGGGCUCCGAGGAAACGUGGCACACGCCGAGCAUACUACUCGCCGACCAACCCGAGAGCGGUGGCAAGGCGGUUUUCUCGCAGAUCCAUCUCGAGGCUGAUCCGUCGCAGUACGAGCUCGAGGAGAGUAAAUUCAACGCUUUGAAACAGAGCAAUUCCGCUCGCCUGGAAAUAUUCGCCGACUUGCUGGCUAAUCAUUUGGGAAUGCACGUGAAUCCCAAGCCCAGAGUACCGCCCGUUUAUACACCGGGGUUUUUUCUUGGCAAGCACGAGCUGAAAUUGGAAAUGCUGAAAAAUUUGAAGAGUAAGAUGGGCGAGAAAGAUGUAAUAAAGAAUUCUAAAAUGGAAAUACAAUUUUGCGGCACGACGAGCAACGCUAAACCUGCCAGUUCCAUGUUCCUUCCGGUAAUGGUGCACAGGUGUCCGGAAAAUUUUUCCACUGUAGAGUACUUCGAGAAUCUUAGUACCCGAGAAAUCGGACGCUUAGUAAUUUACACCGACAUAUUGACUUCCACAUGCGAUGUCGUUCAGGAUUUAGAGCUACAUCAUGGAUUGGCUGUCGUCUCACGUUUACAAACAAGGGGUCAAGGGCGCGGCAGGAAUUUGUGGCUCAGUCCUGAAGGUUGCGCCAUGUUCAACCUACAGCUUCACAUUCCAAGGGAUUCAGUUCUUGGUGGUCGCAUACCGUUGAUUCAGCAUUUAGUGGCAACGGCUAUUGUGCACGCAGUCAAGUCAAUGCCCGAUUACGAAAAUUUAGAUCUGAGAUUGAAAUGGCCUAACGAUAUUUAUACGAGUACUGGAUCGAAAAUUGGUGGACUUGUAGUUAAAUCAUUGCUUAAAUCGAAUACCUACAUAUGUGAUAUAGGUACAGGAAUUAAUCUGUCGAACAGUUCGCCCACAGUUUGCAUUAAUGACCUCGUCAAAAUUUAUAAUGAAAAAAAUUCUAAAAAACUAAAAAAAAUAACUACUGAAAAACUUAUAGCUCACGUCUUUAACCAUAUAGAGAGUUUGAUUGACGAAGUACAAAAAGGCAAUUUCAAAGGCUUUCUACAGUUAUACUACAAAUAUUGGCUGCAUACAGAGGCAGAAAUCACAGUUAUGCUACCGGACGAAACGGCACACGACGUGAAGAUAUCGGGAAUUGAUUUAUAUGGAUUUUUGCAAGUAGAAGAUAAACAAGGAAAAGUAUUCACAGUACAACCCGAUGGAAACAGCUUCGAUAUCAUGAGUGGUUUGAUCGCGCCAAAAAUAUAAAACAAAAUUAUUAAGCUAUUUAAAUUAUUGCAUAGUGUAAAAUUGUGAAUCUCCCGAAGAAUUUGCAUUUAUGAUAGUUGUUACAAGUCAUUAUACAUUAUGUCGAUGUCUCAACUUUUUAGACUGUUUUUUAUUUGUUAUUUUUAUAUUUUUUAUGUUUUAGUUUUUUGUCUUUGGUAUAGUCUUCCUAAUUAUUAUGACGUUAUCAAUAUAUGUAAUAUCACGAUGUAAAUAAAAUACUUGGGCAUUAAACGCAGUGCACAACCUUUAAUAGUCAAAGUUAAAUCAUCAAAAAUUUAAAUAAAUUUAAACGUAUACUUUAUCGCGUGAUAAUUUCAAAAAAUGUAUCGCUCUUCUCAUUAAUAUUCUAUAUGUAUGUACAUGGGAAACUGCCUACGUGAGAUGUGUAAAAGAUAUUAUAUUUAAAUAAUAUAUAUUUUAUGGGAAUAAUUCUACCUGUAAAACAAACAAAAAGUUAUAAAAUUAUUGUAAAUCUUAACAAUAUCCUCCAGAUGUGAUCUAGUUGUUGUUAAAUGGCUUAAAUAUAUCUUUUUUUGGUAUGAAAUAGA